GCAUGUAGCAGUGGGGUAAGGAGGUGGGAGCCUGGGGCUGGUGGCAGUGGGCAGGGUAGGAGAUUGUGCGGGGGCAGAUGCAUAGGAUGUUGUACGGUGGUUGGAGCAGAGGGUGAUGAAUUCACUGUGAUUUGUAAGUAAAUGGUGUGGCUGCUCCUGCUUAAUCCUGCUGGCACUGCCUCUCUCAGUGCUCUCUAGGGAGGCAGGAAAUGUGCCUCUAGGGUUGCCACUUCUGGGAUUCUGCAGAUUGUCCCGUUUGCAACAGAGUGGCUAGUCACUGGUCUGCAAAGCACUUCCAGGGCCAGGAAGCAUCUUCACCUUGCCCUUCAAGCACACUCACAGAGGUGGCAGCCUCACUGCCCACACAUCCAUCAAAGUGCAGCCCAAUUAUCACAUGGGCUGUGAAAUCUAGAACAAGAGGUGCUGUAGUGCUAGCAGGGAGCAUUUCUCUCUGCCACCUCCCCUUUUCCAAAGGGAGACUUCUGGGCAUAUCUGGCAUAGGUCAUGUUAAUAAAGCUGCACUCACAGCACUGAUUGGGUUGAUGGUGUAUAGUGUUCUUCUGUGACGUAGCUUUGAGGUGCACAUCUAGAGCAUGCAGUGCUAUGUAGGGCUUUGAUAAUGGGGAUAUGGAGACUUCUGCCUCCACAAAGGUAAAAAUCCAGCCCAAGUCAAUAGUAAUCAAAAGUCACCGUGAUCUGAUUGCUGUUUGGUGGCCUGUGUGAAAUGAGUUUGUUGCUCUUGAUCUCUCUCUUAGUAUAUGUGUCCACAUCACAAUCAGUCCUGUUGUUGGCAUCCUUAGCAGAGAGAUCAGGGCUACAGGUUGCAGCAGUUUGCAUCUUCAAUGACACUUUUGGGGAGAAGUUUUUGGGUGCUGAGAGACAUUCAGGCUGCAGCUCCCUGGAAUUGCCAAACAUGUGUUGAGUAGCUUCGCUUACUGUCAAGCCAGACAACUGGGUGGUGAUGUUUUCUUCUCUUCUAGGUUCUGACAAGAUGGAUGCAAAGGAUUUGAAUUCUGGUCCUAUCUCUGUACUUAUUACUGAGUCACAGUUUGCCCAGCUGUUCAGGGAGUAUUUGGAGAGAGAGAGGGUUCUGGAUGUCCGCCAUCGUGUGCAAAAGCUGCUGGAUGGCACAGUGGCAUUGCCUGUGCUGGGAGAGAAACUCACGGAGCAGCAGCUGCAGGAGCUGCGGGAGAGCCUGCCCCCUGAGAAGACAUGCACACUGACGUGGGUUCAGAACCCCAUUCCCUCGAAGGCAGCACGAGACCAGUCACCUGCCCGGAAGCUGUGCAGGGAGCUGCAGCAUUUAGUGUCAGCCUCUGGGGGCAGGUGGUCAGAUGAGCUGGAGGACGAUCUCCCUCGUUCCUGGCAGCGGCACGGAGACCUCAUCCUGCUGAGCGAGGACAGCUUCAGGGCUGCAUUGUGGAAGGAGUUGGGACCAGAGCUCUGGGAAACAGUUGCUUCUGCUCUGGACGCCCGACGCAUAGCCAAACAAGGGCGAAUAUCGCCGGAUGGAGUACGAUCCCCGACAGUGACCCUGUUGCUGGGGCAGGAUGGCUGGGUGGAGCAUGUGGACAAUGGAAUCAGAUAUACAUUCGAUGUGACCAGGUGCAUGUUCUCUCCUGGAAACAUCACAGAGAAGCUGCGGGUGGCGUCGCUGCCAUGUGCUGGGGAAGUGCUAGUGGAUCUCUAUGCAGGGAUUGGCUAUUUCACGCUACCGUACCUGAUUCACGCCGGUGCUGCCUUUGUCCAUGCCUGUGAGUGGAACCCCCAUGCUUUGGAGGCCCUGAGAAAGAACCUGGAGCUGAAUGGCGUGCAGGAUCGGUGUCAGAUCCACCAAGGGGAUAACAGGCAGAUGGCAAGAGACAGCUGUGGCAACCUUUAUAUACUGUUAUAUUCCCCUGAGGGAAAGAGAUCCUCUCUAUGCCUUGCUUGGUGUAUUUUCCUCACCCUGACAUGGGGCCCUCUGUGGCGUAUGUCCUUUCACCAUCCCAUCCACCUCUUCCUCACCUCCCCCUGUCGUUUCCAGCUGGAGCUUCGAGACGUGGCCAACAGGGUGAAUCUGGGGCUGCUCCCCAGCUCAGAGGAAGGCUGGCCUAUCGCCUGCCAGCUUUUGCGGAAGGGCACAGGGGGCAUUCUCCACAUCCACCAGAACGUGGAGUCCUUCCCAGGAAAGGCUCAUUUGCAUAGUGGCCACUUGGAGGAGCAGCAGCUGCAGCAAUGUCCAGAACAAGCUGUAUCCAACAGGCAGGAGGACAAAAUGGGCCACAGGAGCCCAAAAGAUGCUGACAUCAUGGAUUCUGGGAGGGAGACCCAGGCGGCUGCGACCAGGGCCAAGUGGCAGAGGUGGGCAGAGACCACGGGAAUUCGUAUCAGGGUUCUGCUUCAGCAGCUACAUGGGAAGCCUUGGAGGACAAACAUUCUGCACAUUGAGCCAGUGAAAUCGUACGCACCCCAUGUGUAUCACAUAGUCUUGGAUCUGGAGUGCCGCCCCCUCUCUUAGUACACAAGGAGAGUGGACUGCACCCUUGGGAUCCCCAGAAAUGUCACCUUCUCUGCUAGCAAACAUGCUGAGGGAGCUCAGGGCCCAAGCCUGAGAAGUGCACAAAGCCUACACAGAGUUGAGUGCUCCUAGCUGGCACCUUGUGAACUGGUUCAGUCUGACACUGGUCUUGCCUUCUGCGCUCCUGGGGCCCCUCUUCUCUCCAGACUGGUAUGCAACAGCUUGACCUGACCAUCAUGGUGUUCCCUGCAGCUGCUCUCUGUGAUCUUCACUCUAUUUCCAUUUCUUGUAACCAGGUUAAACAUUUGUUGUUAGUUUUA